AUGCCCGACGACGUCUGUGUCUACAAUGAAUCGCGACAGGUGCCCGUCAGGGACUUGAUACCGGAGAGUCGGUUGGCGGUGGUCGCAGGCGACUUCUUCGUCUCGGACCCAGUGGUCUAUGAUGGCGAUGACGUGUACGAAGUUGAUUUGACGCCCGAAAAUCGUAUCAACCGACAAGCCUGUUGCCGGUUUUCCAACGUAGAGACGUGGAUGUUACCUGACACAGAAUAUUUGUUUCUCAGGUGCAUCGCCGGCACGGACGCUAAUGAUGUUGAAAAUUUUGUUGCGUAUGCAGAAAAAAACCAUUGGUUAGGCGGAAAAAACAUAUCUUUAAAUUUGGAUGUAAGCAAAACCAUAUUUAAUAGGCAAACUAAAUUGGUAUUACACAAUUCCAAGCCACAGAAAUCUUUAGACUACCAUGUUACUAAUGCAUCUCAACCGUUCAAAAAAACUAAUUUCAUAUUAGAAGAUUGGCCUUAUGUUAACUUAAAUGAACCAUUAAUAUCAAAAGGAACUAACGAUGAACUCGCGCCGUGGAUGAGAUCACGAAACAAACAAUUUAACACCUGCCGUCCUAUAAAAUCUGAUAAAUCGCAACAAUCAGUUUUUUUGACGCACGAAUAUGCUUUGUUGCAAGAAAACUGGAAACUACAGCAAACACGACAACAGAAGCAACACCAUCAACAAUCACAUCAACCGCACCAACAGCAAUAUAAUCAACACCUUCGCCACAAACUAUAUCAACAACAACAACAACAACAACAACUACAGCAACGUCAAUACCAACAGCAACAACAACACCAACAACGACAGCUAAACCAACUACAAUCACAGCAGAGAGCCUUUUUAUUCCCGUCACCAUCAUUACGCCAACAAGUGUUUAUGUAUGGUCAGCAGCAAAUGAUACCUUUCUUGUACAAUAUCACUUUCCAGCCAGGAAACGUUUACCAGCGAUUUUCUACCCCAUUUCUAUUGCCGACACACUAUCGGCCGAUCAAUAGAGAUUCGCUGCCAGCAACUACUACCCAAAAGUGA